GGCUGGCCCUGGGAUCGCUGGUGUCAGAGUGCGCCUCAGUGGAAUCUGGAUGAGAAGAGAGUUGGGCAGUAUCGUGCAAGGACGCGGCUGAAAUGUUACAGAUAUCUUGCACAAUUUGUAUCUACAUCUUCUGCUGCCUUGUUCCGUUACUGAAUGGUGACAGUGUGGCUUAUUACACUGCUGCCGUGUAUGAACACCAUGCCAUACUUAACCAGAAUUCCUCCACUCUGACUGACCGCAAAUCUGCACUGGAGUUUAUGUUCCAAAAUCUUGAUAUCUAUGAAAUACAAGUGGCCACCGCAGCAGAAAGGGGAGCCCAGAUCAUUGUGUUUCCUGAGGAUGGAAUUCAUGGAUUUAACUAUACUAGGCAGUCCAUUUACCCAUAUUUGGAUUUUCUUCCCCCUUCUCACCUGCUUCCUUGGAAUCCAUGCCAAGAGCCUGACCGAUUUAGUGAUACAGAGGUGCUCCAGAGGCUUAGCUGCAUGGCAGUGAAGGGCAGGAUGUAUUUGGUUGCAAAUCUAGGAACUAAAGUACCUUGUGAGCAUCAUCAUUUUCGGUGCCCAGAUGGUAGAUACCAGUUCAAUACAAACGUUGUAUUUAGUUCCAAUGGUACACUUGUUGCCAGCUACUUUAAGCAAAACUUGUACUUUGAAUAUGGCUUUGAUAUACCUCCUAAGGCACAGCACGUGGUUUUCAACACACCCUUUGCCAGCAAAUUUGGACUUAUAACAUGCUUUGAUAUACUAUUUUACAAGCCUGCAGUUAGCCUUGUCGAAAGUCAUAUGGUGAAACAUAUCUUGUAUCCAACAGCUUGGAUGAACCAGCUUCCACUGUUGUCAGCCAUUCAAAUCCAGAGGGCCUUUGCUUCUGCUUUUGGCAUUAAUUUAUUGGCAGCAAACAUUCACCAUACAAAACUGGGCAUGACUGGCAGUGGCAUAUAUAGUCCAUCCCAGUCCUACUUUUACUUUGAUAUGACAAGUGACAAUGGUAAGUUGCUUAUAGGUAAAGUUCCGGUGGAUCCAUUGCCAGCAGGUCACAAUGCGCAGGUUUCUUUUGGGAGCCAGAAUAUAAAUAGAUUACACUGGCUACAUGGUGAUGUCUGUGAAUUAGACAGAGCAGAGCACUGUAGGGCAUCACUACUCAGACACCAGCUGCCACCAUCAGAGUUCCAGGCAGAAAUGAUGUAUGAUAAUUUCACUUUUAUCCCCCUGGCAGCAGUUGAAGGGGCAGUAAAAGUUUGUUCUUCCUUCUGCUGCUAUCUGAAUUACACGAAAACCUUGGAAUCAGAUGAAUUCUAUGCUCUGGGUAUUUUUGAUGGUCUCCACACAGUACAUGGCACAUAUUACCUACAGAUAUGCGCAUUGGUGAAGUGCGGUGGCCUGGAGCCUGAAACAUGUGGACAGGAGGUCACUGAGGCCGGUACCAUAAUAAACUUUCAGCUGUGGGGAAAUUUCACUACCAAACACAUCUUUCCUAUGUUGCUUACCUCCGGGGUGACUUUACACCUCCCUGACUCCUGGGGAUGGAAGGACUCUCACUGCUACAUGAAAAACGAAAAUAUGUCUUCUGGUUUAGUGACGGCUGCAUUGUAUGGAAGAUUGUAUAAUCUAGAUUAAAGUGUCAUAUACCUCAUUGGCAACAAAGGGGGAUAUUAGCAAGUGGCAUAGGAGCACUUUUAUCAAAAAAUGGGCCUCAAGUUCCUGCCUAUUGUUGCUUGCACCACUAGUCAAUGCUAGGACAUGUGCUCAUAAAUGGUACAGAAAUAUGUAUGAGUCAGCUCAUACAUAUUUUUCAGGAUUUACCCUCUCCCACCCUGGCACUCACAGCCACACACUGGCAGUAUUUGUACCUAAUUUUAUUUCUAUCCUCCAUUGAAAAACACUGAAACAGCACUCAAACUCCUCAAAACAGAUGCACCUGGAAUUAAACCAGUCUAAGUUGGUCUCUUUGUUUCUAAAUCUUUGUAUUGAACAAGUAAUAUUCUAUCACCAUGGUUACACACCCUUUAAUUGUGUGUGUGGUCUCAGGGGCAAAUAUAAAAAGAGUGCACAAUUAACAAGGGAGUCCAAAAGCAGGUGUAAACUAGAGUGCUGCACCUUGCCUCAGUGGCAUUUAGGGUGCCAGUGGGCCCAGGGCAAAGACCUCACUGCGCCCUCUAUUGCCACCCCAAUACAUUUGUAAUAGUGAUACCCUCAAGCAGGGGGGCAAAAACAGAUGGUCUGUGUUUACCAAAGCAGAAUUGAGGUCCAGAUGCACCUCCCUGAACUAAAAGCCAGUAUUACAAAAUGGGAGAAAAAGUGAAAACAUUUAGAGGUUGUAUAACUAUUGUGCUCUCCCACUGGAUCAAAACAAGUGGACUGCCAUUUUAGAUGGUCUCUUUAGUCAAAGUUAAAACAGAUGAAAGGUUUGAUAGUGUGCCCCUGUGCAAUUGCCCCUUUUGCCCAUUUAGUAAAACAGUCCUGUUGGCAUUAAUAGGUGUGGUUUAACAUGCAAAAGGUCAUGUGUUUUUGAACUAGCCCUGUGCCAACUGCUACAGAAUUCAAAUAUCCUGUCUCUCAAUCAUGGAUUAGGCAUGGGAUGGUACAUAAAACUACAAAGUAUUACAUGUAAUAUCAGUCACCAUGCCACAUUCACAAGCACUAUAGGCAUGGUGAUUUGUUUUAGAUAAAAUGCUUAAUAAGCUAAGGUUUUGUACUGUUUCACAAGUAACCUGUGGUUGAAGAACGUCACUUAACUUUACUUCUGUAUUGUAACUUCACUAACUAAUGGAACCAGCACCAGAAGGGAACUAGACUUUGCCACAAAUAGAGCAAUUAGAUACAUUAGGACAUAAUGCUGUGCCUGAUUUGAACACCUUAAAGAUUUUGGAACUUCACUCUCAGGGCAGACAAAUAAUUCACCUCCUGUUCAUAAUGACCUUCUUUUGUACUUAUCCAUUGGCAAUGUAAUUAUGCCUAUUUUAGUGAAAUUUGCCUCAUUCUGUCCCACGCAAUUUUUAUCCCAAUGGAACUACGCUGGAAUACUUGGGCUGCUAUACACUCAGAAUAGCUGUUGUAAAUAAGCCCUCUCCCCUUUCUCAUCUUGUUGCACCCAGUCCUCAAUAAAAGCCUAAGGAUAAUGGUAUAUUAAAACAUGCACGUGCUUGAAAACAUGGUGCUUGAAAAUAAUUACAUAUGUUUUUAAUAAGUUAAUGUGCUCAUUAUUUCAGAGAUGAUGGGUACAAGAAUGUGUGCUUACUUUUUUCUUUUCUAACAUAAUGAGAAUAGGAAAUGUUCAUGGCUAAAGUACCUCUAAUGAAGAACUCUCCAAGGACAGCGCAUAUUGAAUAGAUGACAGGGUAAGAAGUCAGGAACUCACUGCUAGAUUCUUUGAGCCAAUUAGAAUGUUUCUGCUAGUAAGACAGGCUUUGUAUGACAAAUAAUGAAAAUAAUGAAAUGGAAAUGUAUGGAAAUAGCAUUUAAAGAGACUUAGAGCUUAUAGGUGAGCUAAUAGUUAUCAGCUCUUCUGAUUUAUUUUUCUACCCUUCAUUAUGAAUUCCUUCCUCAGACAUAUAGGAGGGUUCUUUAUAAUGACAUAUCAAGGUUGGCCUGGGGUAUGAGAACACUCAAUGUAUGCCACAUACACACACUGCAUAACCACCGAGAUUUUAACAAGAGGCUUUCAUCAGGGGAAAAUACAAAAAAAGGCAUAAUAUUAUCAAAUAUAUUGAUUUAUUCAAGAACAAUAGUUAAACUUUAUUUUUAUUAAAUGAUUCAUCAGGCUGAAAGAUUUUUUCUUUCUCUGUUUCCUGUGAGUCCACAUGGUAUAAUAAUUAACAAAUGGAACACUGAGCCCCAUAACCUCUAACAUUCUUUUUUGCUGUUGUUUUUCCAUAGACAAAAAAAUCACAACCACCUAGCAAUGGAUUGUGCCAUAAAUAGAAUGUAUUGGGAGAUAUUGGACUUGAUGGUAUAUUGUCUGUGAAUACUUCAGCCUUGUGCUUUGUUAUACAUUAAUCAUAAAAGUAUUUAUGACUGGAUACAAAUAGAAAGGCACAGAGCCAGAUACUAAUCUCAGUGCACAAUUACAGCAGUUAUACAGCAGUAUAACUUGGGCUCUGUGGGCCCCAUUAACCACACCCAGGAAUCACAAAAUGUGGGAAGGUCGGGGGGUUGUUCAGAAUGGGAAAUACAGGCCAUAGAGGCUGGGGUGAAAGCCAUAGGUCCUUACUGUUCCCCCUCUGUCUGAGGGACCAUCCUUAGUUGAGAGGUAUGCUCCUUGCUAAUUACUCGCACGUCAGUCUAAAUACCAAUAUGUGUGCCCUUUUGAAUGCUUCCCUAUUUCUACUUUUACCAAAUAAAAUGCACACAAACACCAUUAA